AUGGCAGACCUGAGCGACAGAGAGAGCGGGGCAAACGAGGGCGAUGGAGCCUAUCUAUCGUCGCCUUGCCAGAACAGACUGUGCGGUGUACAGCGGUCCCAGGAGCUCUCCGUCCUCGCUGCGACGAUUGAACAGCUAGUGCGGGAUGAAGCAGAUCUGCUGCUGAACGUGAGCUACCAGGCAGCCGGCGUCUACACGCGCUACCAGGGCCUGGAAGCGAGCGCCGCCAAGGAGGUCAUGGAGUACUACAUGUCCAGCUACAUCCUGGGAACGGAGUCUUCGGCGCUGGAGCUGACCGCUUCGGAUCUCCAAGCACUCCAUCAGAACAUCGGGAGCUAUCCGCGGUGGAAGGAGGUGCAGGAACUCCUCGAGGAGGCCACUGCCGAGGUCGCAGGGAAAGGCGCCGAACUCCUUCAUUUCCAGACCAUGUCGUCCAUCCUGCUGAUCACGUCUGACCGUUUCGCGCGAUUGGAGGAGAAGGAGUGCCAAGCCUUGAAGCGGCAGCUGGUGGCGAUGGAGGAGCGACCUGGUCGGGUUCUUCUGGGAGACUUCUACCGACCAGCCCUUGACCAGGGGACCUUGGAGUUCACUGAGAGUGCAGAGUUCUUGCGGCAACAAGGGGCGCUGGACGAGUCGGAUCAGGAGGCUCGUGUCAUCGUGCCCAACUACAUGAUGGCGGACUCCAACUGCUUGGCGUCCUCGGAAUACUACUCGGUGUGUUGCUCGGAUCCUUGCGAGGAGAUUAUGGAUCAACUGGAGGCAUCGCUGAGAGCUCCCAGUGCCUCCCCGACCGCGAUGCUCAAUGCGGUGCAGGCCCUCCGCAGCGGCCCAGGCCUCUCCUUGGAAGGCGAACUCUCCGAGAGGCUCUCGGAGGUGGCUGCACAACACAGUGGCGAGGUUCCGUUGCACGGCCGGCUCUUUGCGCAGUGGCUGCACCACGCCUUCCCUCGAGACUGCCCCUUUCCGCACGUUUCCGGCACUGUGCGACAGAGUCUUACGCAGUUUCAGGAGGAGCGACAUGAGCGUGCAGCCUUCGCCGAGUACGAUGAGAUGAAAGAGAUUGUCAAUCUGCGCUCAAACGCGUCGACUCCUUCGGACGCUUUCGGCAUGUGGUUGGAUGACGAGGAGUUGCUGGAGCCGAGCUUCGGCUCCCAGAGGACAUGGCCAUGGCGGCCGUGGCGGCCGUGGCCCGUUGCCAUGCUUGGAUUGGUGGCUGUGGCAAUGCUGAGGUUUCGUGGUCGAGGCUGUUACCAUGCCAAGGCGGUAUGA